CUGUCGGGUUCGAGAACAAUGACCCUGACUCGUGUUUUUCGUUCCAAAGGGAGACUUCUAUCUCCAUUUCCCCGCUCGGAGAGUCUUCAGACAAGGAUGAUUUUAUCCCCGACAAAGAAACUGCUGCCUGACGGCCCAACGAUUUGCUGGAUGAGAAGAAUUACACGUGUCAUCGAUGUGAAGUCACAACAAUGGAAACUAUGGACAACUAUAGAUGGACUUUCCUUUGUUUCAUUUCAUUCGGCCGGACUAACGAUGCCGAAUGAACAUUCCUCGGACAGUAUUUUACACUCUCAUCGGACCUAUCAAGUACGCCACAUGGUGUAUAUAAAGCCCCGGAAUGUCUUCCACUCUCCCAGCUCAUCAUCGCAAUUCUCAAUUAAAUCAUAAUUACCCAUCACUAGAUACAUAAACAUCUUUUUCCUUUCCAUUCUUUACGCGCUGUCACAAAUACAAUCUAAGAAAAAAUGCCUUCUGAAAUCCUGCGACCAGCGCUCAAUGCGGAGCUAGCCCAUGUGCAUCAGGCUAUGCCAAAAAUCGACAUGGGCUCCAAGGAUCAAGUCGACGCCUAUCGCCAAUUUUUGAACUCAAUAUUCUCCUUGGAGAACGCCGUCCGAGGCAAAGAGAAUGUGCUCGCCUACGAAGAGCGGGACAUUCCCGGACCAGCCGGUCCGAUGAGGACCACCAUCUUUCGUCCCAAGAACCCGACUAGGUCGGUAGAGGAGACCCCCGGAUUCUUCUGCAUGCACGGUGGCGGCUUGGUCUCCGGCAAUCGCUUCGUGGGAGUCAGCAACCUUUUAGAUUGGGUCGAGACCCUCGGUGCUACCCUGGUGACCGCCGAAUACCGUCUCGCUCCCGAGCAUCCCCAGCCCGCAGCGCUGGAAGACAGCUACGCAGCGCUCCAGUGGAUGAGCGAAAACUCGACUGAGCUCGGCUUUAACCCGCGCAAGCUAAUUGUUGCUGGUGGUUCAGCUGGGGGCAAUCUUGCAGCAGGAGUGACCCUACUAGCCCGCGACCGUUCUGGCCCUGGACUCCUCGCACAAGUGCUGAUGUAUCCCUUACUCGACGAUAGUAACCAGGGGCUUUCCGUUGAACAGUUCGGCGACAUUGCUCCAUGGAUGGCUUCGAACACGGUCGAUGCCCAGAGGUACGCGCUCGGUGAGAAUCACGAGAAUGCCGAUAUGUACACUAUUCCUUUACGCGCCAAGAGUCUCCAUGGACUGCCGCCAACAUUCAUCGACGUCGGCGAGGCGGACCCACUACGUGAUCAAGAUGUGGCAUAUGCUUUGAACCUGUGGAAGGCCGGUGUAUCCGCCGAGUUACACGUAUGGCCCGGUGGCUGGCAUGGCUUCGAUGCAUUCGUGCCAGAGGCGCCUAUUAGCCAACGGGCGAGUGCUACUCGCCUGGAAUGGCUCAGGAAAUUGCUUGAAAGCUCUUAAGGUGGCAAUUGAGGUGUAAUAUGGCGUUACGGUAGUGGUAAGGUUUUUCUUACUCUUGAUUGAACUACAUGGGUCCGGAUGUAAAUACCCAUUCUUUCCUGCAUUUAUCCUACUUUAAUAGUAGUAUAGUGUAAUAUACCUUGUUAUGGGA